CUCUCUCCUCAAGCUUCUUGCGUUUAUUGUUAUUAUAUUCCUAUAUGCAUACAACCAUCUUCAUCAUUCAAAGUUGACAGUCCUAUAGAUAUAUAGAGAGAGAAAACAUUGACUUAUAUAGAGAGAGAAACAGUGUUUUUUUUUAUUAUUAAAAUAUGAAAGGGGAAUUCGUAGAUCAUCAUCAUCAAGAAAACAAGAAUAGUGGCAAUAUGUUUACUAAGAUCCAUCAUUCUCACCACCCUUACCACCACCCUCCGCCGCCGCCGCCGCCGAAUCUCACUUUUCACCAGCCUUUGACGGUUGCCGCCGCCGCCGAUGAGACGAACGACCGGAGCCCUGCUUCGCCGUCCGGCGGUGAUAGGAAGGAGGCAAUUGCUCCGCAACCGGUUUCGGCUCUGCCGGCGGCGGCGGCGGGUGGAGGAGGCAACGACGGCGCCAGCAUCGAGGUGAUCCGGCGCCCGCGCGGGCGGCCGCCGGGGUCGAAGAACAAGCCGAAGCCGCCGGUGAUCAUAACGCGGGACUCCGAGCCGUCGAUGAGCCCGUAUAUUCUGGAGGUCCCCGCCGGGGUGGAUUUGGUGGAUUCCGUGACCCGGUUCUGCCGGAAACACAAUACGGGUCUCUGCGUGUUAAACGGGUCGGGUACCGUCUCCAACGUCACUUUCCGGCAACCCUCCACCGCGCCCUGCCCCACCGUCACGUUCCACGGCCGCUUCGAUAUCCUCUCGAUUUCCGCCACCAUCGUGCCACCGAACGCCAGCUUCAUGUACAAUGGGACGGCCAGCGCCUUCACCAUCUCCCUCGCCGGACCUCAAGGCGCCGUGGUGGGUGGCGCCGUGGUGGGGCCCCUACUAUCCGCCGGAACCGUUCACUUAAUCUCCGCCACCUUCAACAACCCAUCUUAUUACAGGUUCCCGACGGAGGACGAGACCAGAAAUUCCGGCGGCGGGGGAAGUGAAGGGCGUCACCCGUCACCGCAGACGGCAGUUUCCGGUGGAGGAGAAGGCAGUGCCGCCGCGCCGGAGCCCUUGUAUAGCGGCCAUUUACCUUCUGAUGUGAUCUGGGCUCCGACUGCUAGACAGCCACCGCCAUACUAAAUCAUUCUAGAAUUUCCUUUUGUUUAAUAUCAAUAUUCAAAUCUUAUUUUAGUUUGACUUAUAUUAGAUUAUUUUUCCUAAUUUUUAUUUACCACUUUUGGUUUUUUGUGUAGUUUAUUACUAUAUUCUAAUUAUAUAGUAUUUUAAUCA